GUUUGGUGCAGCGGGAGGAGGGCCGAGGCAGUGGAGGAGUUUGAAAAUAAUGGAUGUUUGUUGAUGAACUUUUGAAUUUAGCGAGAUCAGAAUGAGUGUUGAAUACAAGUCUGAUGUUCUUAGACAGUUAAAGGAUUUACCUUUAAUUAGUAAUUCCACAAACACCGUGAAAACGAAAGGAAUCAAACACAGUAGUAAAGCUUAUCAAACAAAGUUGGAAGCCCAAGAUAAACUAAAUGUUUGCUUCAACGAGUUCCACGAAGCACUCAACAAGACUAAACAAGCCUUCCUGGUGUAUAAAACAAAAAGUUUCUUCUUCUCCGAUGCAGAGUUUACCAAAUCAUUUGCAGAGUCCUUGAAACGGGUUGAGGGUGAAUUAGAGGCAAUGGGAAGCAGCCUCAGGAAGUUGAUUGGUAAUCAAGUCGGAGCUACUAAUGCACAAGGGAAAGUCUCAGCACCAGUGGUAAUAUCUAAGACAGAGACUCACAUGCUUCAUAAUGCCUCAACUGAUCACACACCAGAGCACUCAGAUACGCUGGUGAAGACCAAUGGAACUGCAAGUAUUACUCCACCGGUGUCUGAGGCAGACAAUGAUGAUGAAACUUUGGCAUGUGUGCUUGACCAAGGAGACCAUUUACAAGAUGUAUCUGGAAAAAUUAGAUUGAGUUUAGACAAAAAAAGAACGCAUAAAAAGCUAUCAGUUAGUUCCUCCUCUUUUAUGGCAAAGAGACCCAGGAGGAGUUUGUUUCAACCCUACAAGGAGCAGGAAGAGGACUUGGAGAACUCUGACAUAAAAGAAGAUGUAGAAUAUGAAGUAGAAACCAUCAUAGAUUUUAAAAAAAGUCAGGGAACUUAUUUUUAUAAAGUGUCAUGGCGGGGCUAUGGUCCUGAUGAAACCACCUGGGAACCUUCUUCAAACUUGACAGGAUGUGAAGAACUGCUUAUAGAAUUUUACAAGACAAGAUUACGAGAACAAGAGAAUACUAAGACUGAUGAUUUGAAUUACCCAGUGAUGCCUCAUGAUCCCAGUUCCCAGAAUCUUAUUCAUCAAGCUUUGUUAGAGCACAUUGAUCAUCCCAGCCAGGAAGACUAUGACAAUAGUAUAGCACUCUUUGUGUCUUUAAAACCUCCUGCCUUGAAAACCCAGAAGGAAAUACACGAUCUGAUUGAGAGAGCUUUGUCAGUGAAGAAGAAGAGCCGAUUCAAUGCAAUAGCGAAGUUAUUGAUUGAAGAUAAGAUUAUGAAGGAAUCGGAAGGUAAGCGGAAAAAGCAGCUCGCAGAACUUCGCAUGUGGGAACGCAACAUAAAUUCCAUCUGCUCUGACCCUGCAAAACUCUUUGUGGAAAAUUUCGUUGACCUAACAUUACCACCUAUGGACUUCAUCUACAUUAAUGAGUGCAGAGCUGGGGAAGGUGUAAUGAUACCAUCAGAUCCGUUGGUUGGAUGUGAGUGCACCGACUGUGCUGUUGACCAUAAAUCCUGCUGUCCAAAGCAGAUGAACUCGUGGUUUGUCUACAAUAAAUAUGGUAGACUCAAGGUAUCACUGGGGACCCCAAUAUAUGAAUGUAAUAAUCUCUGUAAGUGUGGACCUAACUGCAUGAACAGAGUAGUGCAGAAAGGCAGGAGCAUUAGUCUGUGUAUCUUCCGCACUGCUAAUAAACGAGGCUGGGGAGUGAAGACAACGGAGAAUAUAAAAAAGGACUCCCUAGUAACAGAGUAUGUUGGAGAAGUCAUCACAUCAGAAGAGGCAGAACGCAGGGGAAAGAUCUAUGAUGCUCAGGGAUGCACCUAUUUGUUUGACUUGGAUUAUAACAGAGGUGACCAGAACUUGUACACUGUUGAUGCUGCGAAGUGUGGCAAUGUUUCUCAUUUCAUCAAUCAUUCUUGUGAUCCCAACCUGGUUGUCUUCAACGUUUGGGUGAAUUGCCUUGAUCCAGAUCUUCCCAGGUUGGCUCUAUUUGCUGCUCGAGAUAUUCGAAAAGGGGAGGAGCUGACAUUUGACUACAACUCUGGGUUAAAAUCAGAGCAGAUAAUUGAUAGACCUCUUUCCCAAUCAACAGAGGAAAAUGAAGAGUCUGUCUUUACUCCGGUGAAAGGUGAAGGAGCGAAAGAUACUUCUUCCCCUGAGUUAGUACUGAAGACACCAAAAGGAAAUAGGGGCCUUCAGUAUGGUAAGACUGAGUGUCACUGUGGUGCUGCCAAUUGUAGAAAAUACUUCUUUUAACAUUUUCUUCCUUGCAACUCAUCCAAUCUAGAUCAUUGCUGUUUGUCUGUUCUAAAAGACAUGCCUGAACAAAUUAUCAGCAAGGAAAUAAAACUUAAAUAGGGUUAUGUAUAUUAGGGUGCACCAAUUUCCACACGUAGCCUAUACUGCCUCUGCCUUACUUUCCAUUAGACUUCAUACUUAUCACCCUAACUGACUUAAAAAUAAUAUUUGAGACUAUUUGCCAGUUUUAAAAUAUAAGGUAUCAGAAAUGAUACUGGUUACAUACUAUAGUUAAUUGGAUACUUUUAGACCACAAAUAAAUAAAAUAAAAAAGGGGAGGGGGAAAUGUACUAUACAGUAGUUAGGACUGUAUAACCAACAAAUUUGUCCCUUAUGGUUAGUUCUUCAGAAUCUGGUAAAUGUCCAACUAUAUCACAAGGGGUGCAGGAAGGUAACGGUUUAUUGCUAAUGAUUCUCAUCCUCUUUAAUAAUCAUCAUAUUCCAUAACUUGAACUUUCUUUAGCACAUCAUUGAUUAUCAAAUAAAAUUUUCAGCUCUUUAAUUCUUAUAUAUUUCCAACCUAAAUCAUUAUGAAGUAUCUACAGUAUGUUUCACUUAUGUGUCAGACAAGUUGCCUUUCAACAUAAGUUCCUUGUAAUUAUUUUUUAUUAAUUCAGCAUUUCACUGGCUUAUAAUUAAGUCAUUUUCUUUAUGUUAAGCUUACCAAGAUUAAGUGAGGCUGUAUAAGAUUGACUAGAUUUAAGGGAAACUGUAGCUGUGCCUCAGAAAAUUUGGUCAUGUUGAUAUUCUUCCGACAGGUUGUACUUGUAACCAAUUAAGAAAAUAUCCUGUCAUCUUGUUUUAGAGCAGGGUCUUGAAAUCUUUUUCCUGUCUUUGAAAAGGGGACUUUGACUAUAUUAACCCUAACUGGCAGCUCAAGCUUCUCUAUUCCACCCCUAUAUGCACAAAAAUGAAAUGUCCACUGAUGAUGGUUGCCAUCCCUGUAGCUAACUUCCACUGAUGAUGGUUGCUGUAGUAUAAGGGUUAAAUGAUGUCCAGAGGAAACAAGUAUGCACAGUUAUUCAAAAUACCAUACUGAUUACUCCAGGUUUUUAAAGCAUUUAAAUGGAGACUUUUCAUUUUAAGUGUUUUUGGGGGGAUAGACAUGUUGCUGAUAAUUGUUGCCAGAUUGUCAGACAAUAGCAGAACACACAUUACAGUAGUAAGAAUGAAUGAAUAAUGGCCAUCCAGCAUUACAGCAGGAGGAGGCUUCAAAGAGUGAUGAAAAUUUUUAUUAUUUUAUUUAUACUAAGCUAAACCUGGUAUUCCUUUAGAGCAUAGAGGUUAUCACUAUUUUAAUGUAUCAACACCCAAAAUAACCACAAAACCAUUUCCUGACAUUUUAAUGUACCGGCACUAUUUUCCCUUGUUGACUAUUCCUAUAAAGUAUAUUCCGUGAUAAUCAGGCCUCAUAGUCACAUUACCCAUGCUUCAUUCACUCUUUGUAUCCAGCAUCUCCCCAGAUCUUGACAGUAUUUGCCUUGGUUGGCAGGUGGUUGUAAAAAAAAGAGAGUGAGAGAGAGAAGUCAAAGUUUGCCGCAGCACUAAAUCACAAUGUUCUUGCUAACACAUCUUUCAUGUACAUACUCCUCCUUGCUGAUACCUCUCUCAUCCAUGUACUACUUCAUACUGACAACACUGUUAUUCAUGACUUCUCCAUGUUAACACCCUUCUGAACCACAUAAUACAGCUCCUCCUCGACUUAAGACGGGGUUAGGGACCCAAAUCCAGGUCGUAAGUUGAAAUGGUCGAAAGUCGAAAAUGCUUAAAUAAAACAUAGAAAACCUAAAAUGGGUGUCUCUUUUUUCUUCGCAGCACCACAAACUCUUACUUUUAAGUUUGCCAGCCAUUUUUAAGUGAAUUGCAAACAAAAAUUUUCUCUGUGUACUGACGUUGGGACUUGAAAAUACGUAAUUUGAAAAUUUUUUGGUAAGACUGAGGCAGGUCGUAAGUGCGAGUGGUCGUAAGUCGGGGAGGAGCUGUACCUGUACACCUUUUUAAAAACCCUUUCAUCCACAUAUUCCUCCAUCUUAAUACAUUUGCCAUCAACCCUUGUCUAGCUUCCAAUCUUCCUUCUACCCCUCCUAUCAGAAGUAAUUUUUCCAGUCAUAGUCCUUGGUAAUUAUAAAUGGCAAUGGUCUAGAUUAAUAAGUUGACUCCUCUCCAAGAGAUUCAGUAAAAACUUAUUUUAAUUGUAUAGGGAUUUAUAUAUUUUUUAUUGUGACACUUUCAUUUAUACAUAUUUAUUACAAACUUCAUCUCUUUCCACUAAGGAAACAUAAUCAUAAGGACAUAUAUCUUGGCUUUUACUUGUGAGUUUCUUUUUAUUCUUUAUGUUAAUUAUAAUUGUGUUGCUUUUUCCCAUAUGUGAUAUGACGAUGUACCUUUGCAACAUGUGCACGUGUAAAUUGGUUUUCUUCAUUUAAAUACAAAUAUGACAAAUCUGAUUUGUGACUAAUUUAUACAUGCCAAGUAGUGGGUUAAAAUUAAAUUUUGAUGAGGCACAUUUAUUUUAGCAAAUGUUAUUAAAUUACAAUGAUUCACAGGCAUCAAACUUAGUGUUAAUGUAAAUUUUAAUUUGUUGUGAAAGGUUAUUCGAUCAGGACAAAGUUUGAUGUAUGAGAUAUUCCUCUUUUAUGGCUCCUGGUAAUACAAUUUAUUUAUUUUCUAUCCAAAGGACGACAAACUUUAAAUAAAUCUUGGCAUUUUUUUUUAAUACAUGCUUUAGGAAAACUUUGGCACAUCUAAUACAGCUUAUUGAUGUUUUCAAUAGAAUAAGUUGAUUUUUGGAUGAUAGUCAUGCUUAUCUAGUACAAAAUGGAUAAUUUGAAGAGAAGAAUGUAUACAUCAGUUUUUAAUAACAUAAACAAAUUGUGAUAAACUUGUAAUGUUUAAAUGUGUUACUGAUGUAAAAUUUAAGUUUUUAAUAGCUGUUUGUACUGCUCUUGAGUAAACAUAGUACCGGUAUACUGGAUUUUGACAUUGAAAUGAGUUCGCCUAUUGAGCUUUUGAAGGGUGGGAAAAUGUACAGGUACCAAAGUUAAUUGUUUAUACAGGGUAUACAUAUUCCUUUCUUUUGGGCACCUUCCGUGCUGCAAGAAGGGUCUGUUAAAUGGCCAUAGUGACCAGAUGUGUAUUGCCUUAAGAACACAUCAAAAGUCUGGGGAACUCAAUUGGAUAUUGAAUUUCUUAAGUUGUGAGGAUUGGUAGUUUUUCUGUCAGAAUUAUGGAUAUUUGUAACUUAGCAAAUUUAAAAAAAAAUCUUUAUUGUAUGUUUGAGAUAAUAGGAAAAUAGGACAAAGCUACAAGUAUUUUAAACAAAAUCUAAAAAACUUGUUUGCUAUUAUGGCUAUCACACCUGUGAAACAGUGCCUUCUAAAUGUUUUAACAUUAAGCAGAUUCUACUCGGAUUAUACAAGACAACUAAAUAAAUAGAUUUAAAAAUCGCAGUUCUUAUGUAACUCUCUAUUGGCCACUGGCAACCUAUUCUAAUGCAGAAAUAUCUCCGUUAGCCGGAAUCCCUCAAACUCGGAACUCUACGAUAGCCGGAAUUGAAAUUUUCUUGGAAAAUCAUUCCCAGUCAUUAUUUUCCGGAAAAUUCCGGCUUUGGAACAAUUUUCCAAGGGACACAUUUUCUGGAAAAUUCUGAGAAAUUUUCCUGAUACCUGGAAAAUUUCAGGGAUGAGGGAUUUUUUUCCAGCUUUGAGAGAUGAUGUAAUGGGCAAAUUCUGGAACUUCAAAGAGCAUUUUUCCAUUAACCAGAAAAUUCCGGGGAUGGGGGAUUUUUUCCAGCUUUGAGAGUCGUCUCGUUACCUGGAAAUGCUCUGUACCAAUUGUUCCGGUUAAUGGAGAUAUCACUGUAGUAUGUUAUGUAAGAAGACAGCUCAUGGUUUUGUAUUUCUUAGGUUUUUUUUUUAUGCAGUAGGAUAUACUACUUACCUUGAGGUACCUUGAGGAAUCUUUUACAUUUCCUUGUACAAAAAUUAAUAUGCAUUGAGCAAGUGGGUCCAAUGUUUGAUUUUAAGUCCGUCAUUAUCUUUUUUAUUGUAAAUAAAUAAUAUAGAAGGUGA